CACAAUGGUAGGUCUCAGACUACCUCAAGAGCUCACCGACGAGAUCAUCAGCUUCGUAGAGGACGACAGAGAGACCUUGGCGUACGCAUCGCUUGUCUGCAGAGCCUGGCUCCAAUGCUCUCGCAGACGUCUUUUUCGUUCCAUUAAGCUUGAUGGCCCCUCCGCCGUGGAUUUCCUCAAUUAUCUCUCGGUCGGCCAGGGCGGAGAAGAUGCCGACGCCUCGGCAUCUUCUGCAAAAGACAUCCGAAAACUACGUUUGGUAGGCAGCGGGCCUUCAGACCAGGGAGAUAACCUCUAUGUUGGGGUCAUUCUUCGCAUGCUGAGCCUUCUCCCGAACCUCGAACACCUCUCUGUCGAACACGGUACAUUCGUCGCAUCUCAAGAACAGCUCGACGCGGCGACCGUCUCGCUAAAGGAGCUGAGGAUUCUCAACGCACACGUACCAUUGGAAACACCCCAAGCGCUGCUUCAGCUGCUCUCCAUCUUCAAUCGUAUCGACAGUCUCUAUCUGUCUUCCCUGACCUGGGACAGCGUUUCUGUGGAUCCUGCUGGCGCUGCUUCAUCUCCGAUACCAGCCGCUGAUCAACCAGCCUUUCCCUUGCAUCUGCAGGUCUCAUGUUUCACGCUCGUCAGCCGCCGACGCUCAUUCAUCCCCGCAAUCCUUGCCCUGAUGCAACGUACAAAGUCCAUUCACACUUUAUCGGACAUUCGCCUACAAUGCAACGAUGCUGCGUGCAUUACAGCAGCAGGAGCGUUCUUGUCCCAUCCAAAUGCCGUCGUUCGAAGCUUGUCGGUCGACCUGGCCUUUCCAACCGGAGGCAUGACAUGUGAGCAAUUUACCAUAUAAAA